GAGGAGGCCGAGGAGGAGGAGGAGGCGGGGGCUUAUAGAGGCAGCCCAGGGGCGCCUGGGGCCUGGCUUCUUUGGAGACAGAGCUUCCUUUGGGGAGGAGAGGAGGGCUUCCCUGCAAGUGGCAAAAGGGCGCAGCUGCUCUCCCUGCAGAAAUGCUUCUCAGCAGCAAGGGUGACAAGAAGGAACAGGCUGGGCACAGGGAUGGCCUGUCAGUAAUUGCUGAGCCUCAUGCCACCCAGCGGGCUGUUUUGAGGGAACUCUCUGAAAAUGGACAGUGUCCGAGACCUUGUGUCCAGGGAUCAACCAUAGCGAGGCACCUCUCUGGAUCCGAAAAUGUCUGUCCUGCUGCUGGCAAGAGUGUCUUGCCAAGCUGUUUGUCAUCUAAACAGAACUUUACUAUUUACAUUGAUGAUGUGGAAGAGAGAAGCAGGUGUAGCUAUAUGGCUGUAGAAGAUGUGGAACCCAGCAUGUGUGAAGUUGAUACCAGUGAGCUAAAACCCAAUAUCCACUUGCUGCUGAAUUUCAGUACAGGAUCUCCCAUGUCAGUGGAUAAGUCUUUGCAGUCACAAAAUGAAGAUCUUCAGGAUACUAAGUUGGAUGUCAUGAGUGUUGCAGAAUAUGCAGAAGAUAUUCAUCACUACUUGAGAGAGGCUGAAGUAAAAUACAGACCCAAACCAUGCUACAUGAGGAAGCAGCCUGACAUCACUUCUGGAAUGCGUGCUGUCUUAGUGGACUGGCUGGUGGAAGUUGGUGAAGAAUACAAGCUUCAAACAGAGACGCUGUACCUUGCUGUAAACUACUUGGACAGGUUUCUUUCUUGUAUGUCUGUCCUCCGAGGAAAACUGCAGCUUGUAGGAACAGCAGCAAUUCUCCUAGCUGCAAAAUAUGAAGAAAUCUAUCCACCUGAAGUAGAAGAAUUUGUGUAUAUAACAGAUGAUACAUACACCAAAAAGCAACUGUUGCGAAUGGAACACCUGCUCCUCAAAGUUCUUGCUUUUGACUUGACAGUGCCCACCAUCAACCAGUUCCUCCUUCAGUAUUUGCAGAGGCAUGGCGUCAGUCUUAAGACAGUGAAUUUUGCCAGGUAUGUAGCAGAGCUGAGUCUCCUUGAAGCUGAUCCGUUCCUGAAGUACCUUCCCUCUCAAAUGGCCGCAGCUGCUUAUUGCUUGGCAAACUACACUGUGAAUAGGCAUUUCUGGCCAGAAGCCCUUGCUGUGUUCACUGGAUACUCACUGAGUGAGAUAGUGCCCUGUCUAAGUGAUCUACACAGAGCAUGCCUCGAAGCUCCUCAUCAACAGCAGCAAGCAGUAAGAGAGAAAUACAAGCUGACAAAGUAUAUGCAAGUAUCCCUCCUGGAGCCUCCAGCUGUUCUACCUCUACAGUGAAUUUCAACAUAACAGUAAACCACACACAAGCCAAAACACUUGCCUCCUGAUCCAUAGAGUUGAUCUGGCCAUUUUUUUUAAAAUAGGGCACUGCAGGUCACGUGUCAAAUCUGCUGCUUAAUCUAUUUUUAGAUGACUUUCUUGGUGUAGAGCUGCAAUACAUGUACAAGAGCUCAGGACUGUAGUUUUAACAUAAACUAAAAGCAAUUUUAAUAAACAUCCUUUUCUUUUUAAA